AUGUAUGUGAUGAUGGCAUCAACAGAAGAUGCUUCCAAAUUCACUUCUCGUAAGUCUUCAUGCGUCCAACCAUGGUGGAAAACUACAGAUAUAGAUGAAUUAGCGUACUUGGUUUCACAGAAAUUGCUAAAUCAUGUUGAGAAUUGUGAUCUUCCACCUCCUCCUCGAAAGGCAAAGGAAAAUUUGGAUUCAGGAUUGAUGCAUAGAGAGAUGGAACGUUCAUCCAAUCAAGGACAUUUCUAUAUUUCUUUUGACAAAUUCUCAAGUUAUAGUUCUGUUCAUGAGAGUGAGACAGAGGAAAAUUUUGAGGGAGACCACAGCAAAGCUCGAUUGAUGGAAGCGUUGCGUUGUUCACAAACACGCGCGAGGGAAGCGGAGGAGUUAGCCAAACAGGCUUACGCGGAGAAAGAGCACAUUGUUGCACUCUUUUAUAUACAAGCUUCACAUCUUUUUGCAUACAAGCAAUGGUGUAGACUGUUACAUUUGGAAGGCCUAAGCACUGGGAUACAGAAUAAGCAUACAUCGGUAUCGAGUCUCUUCCACGACGCUUCGUUUGUAGGUAAGAAACCAUUGGUGAGAAAGGGAGAAAUUGUUGAUGAGAAACAUGAAAAAAUAGACAAGUUGAAAAGUGAUGUAUCAACAACAUAUGAUGUUGCAUUUGCUUUAGGAUUGAGUCUUGUUGGAGCUGGAUUACUUUUAGGAUGGACUGUUGGGUGGAUGUUACCUCGUAUGUAG